AUGAGUACGGAAGAGAAAGAAAUGUGCCCUUUGUGUAUGGAACCAAUGGAAGCAGAUGACCUUGCUUUUUAUCCAUGCGACUGUCGGUACCAGGUAUGCCGCUUCUGUUGGGCUAAAAUCAUCAAUGAAGAAAAUGGCCUGUGUCCAGCAUGUCGAAAGGAAUAUAAUUCGGAGAAACCAGCUUCAUAUAAACCUAUUUCAGAGUCUGAAGAAUCUCGAUGUAGAUCAAGCAGGAGACGUAAGGAAUAUAUGAAGAAAACAAAAUUAAACCCUGAGAUGCUGAAAAUAUUACCGGAAUUAAGAGUUGUGCAGCCGAACCUUAUAUUUGUGGUCGGGUUGCCCACGUGGAUUUCUAAAGACAAAGAUAUUUUGAAGGGUCAGGAUUAUUUUGGGCGCUACGGAAAAAUAUUCAAAGUUGAGGUUAACCAGAACCAAACUUUCGGUGGACCACAGGGUCAACCCAGUUUCAGUGCGUACAUAACCUAUUAUCGAGCUGAAGAUGCUAUGCGCUCAAUUAGAGAUCUUAAUCAAAGCACGUUACAUGGAAGACCUAUUCGAGUUUCUCUUGGUACGACAAAGUACUGUAGUCAGUUCCUAAGAGGCACUAAGUGUACCAAGCAUGAGUGUAUGUAUUUGCAUGAAUUGGGUGAUUCAGCUGCAAGUUUUACUAAGGAAGAAAUGCAAGCUGGAAAGCAUACUGAAUAUAUGAAUAAGCUGUUACAAGAAUUUUGUCAGUCUAAAUCAUCAUGUACUUUGGAUUCACAGAAAGAGGAAACCACUAUCUUAGGUCCAGUAGAUUCUUCAGGGUCAAAUACACACGAUGUUACUAUAUCCCAUCCUGUUGAAUCAAGCAGUCAUUCAAAUGGUCGAAGUCGAGUGAGAUAUGAUGGUACUUCUUCCAUGUCAAGUGAAAAUUCAAAUUUUCAAAUGUUGGAUAGAUCUACAUCACAGUCAGAACAAACAUCUGAUUCAGGAAGGAAUAAUGUAUCUACUCGUAAAUUAAGACAUACAGAUAAAGACCAUAUGAGUGGAAAUUCAGUUUCUGAUGCUUCUGUCAAUGAUAAAUCUAAAUUAAGUUACGGUAAUUCCAAUAAGUCCAACAACUGGAAUCAUUCAUCAUCUUCAUCAGAUUAUUCAUAUAGGAAACCUGGAAAAAAUUCGUACGGAACUUUUCAUUUUAAGAAUACACCUGAAACAACAGACGCAGACAAAUCUUACGGUGUAGGAGGUAAAAGUGUUAAUGUACGACAUAAUCAUUCUGCACAAAAUCGAAUUGCAGUGUCUCAGUCCGCUCCAUCUAAUCAAGUAUCCACGCCUGCAGAGUCAGUCUGCACAAAUAGUACUAGUUGUCAUCGUACCUGGUGUCGUCCUACUUCAGUGAAUUCAUCUAAUAUGCAACCACUGUUAGGAGAUGAACCUGCAGAUAUUGAUUUUGAUCCAUUUCGUGAAUCACAACAAGGUUUAGCUGAAUUGCUAGCUGCUGAAGUUGCGCGCCUUGAAGUAUCUGAUUCUCUGUCCAGUCAUCGUGCGUGUUAUGCUAAUGGGUCUUCAGUGAAUAAAACUCCUUACUGUUCCACUGGUGGUGGUGGUGGUGAUUCAGUCAAAUCGCAGUCGUCCCACAUAGACACCAGAGUUCCUCAGACAACAAUAGGCUGUGAUCCUUCUUCUCAACCUACAAGAACACAUCCAUGGUAUCCUAAUUUAAUGGCAUACACCAGAAGUAACAAUAAUGCAGAUGCAGAUAAAGUAUCUAAUGUGAGUUACAAUAAUUUUACUGGCCAUUAUCCACCACCUGGUUUCGAACAAGCUGUAAAAGCUUAUAAUCAGGUUGCUUCUAACAAUCAAUUUUUGUCAUCUUCUGCACCUGAUCCUUUAAGUUCAGCUUAUCCAGAGCCAAAUUAUUCAUGCCCUGAAAAUUUUGGAUGUAACAAUAACAAUAUACAUAAUACAACUGGGCCUUUACUACAGUCUACUGCAUUUUCAAGAAAUCCACCUUCUUCUAUAGACUCUAGUAGUGGAAAAUAUCCAGUAAACUCUGUGUCUUUAGAGAAUUGGUUCGAAGCUAAACGCAUAUCUGAUCAUAUAAGUGCAAUGUAUCCAGACACCUUUUAUUCAUCAAUUCCUCCACCUUUACCUGAUAUUAACAAUCAGGUAAAAGUUGAAUCAAUUCCACAGCAGUCUAGUCAGUUUAUGAACAACGUGUUUACGGCUAUGUUCAAUGCUCCCGGUGUAACAAAUAAUGGUUCAACCAGUAUGUAUGAUAAAUCUACAGCAAAAUCUUCAGCAUCUAUGUUCGAUCUUAGUCAAUUAAUUAAUCAGCUUUAUUGUCAAUCCUCUAGUUAUUCAUCAGAAACAAAUAAUACACAACAUCCUCCUAAUGAUUGGUCAGGCAGAGUCAGUAUGCCUUUAGGAUGUACACAAAAUGAAGUGAUAGACUCAUCUAUGUGCUCUAUUUCAGCAGCAGCAGCGCCAAACCCAAAUAUUUUCAUCCCUGGAAAAUAUGUAUCUAGGACAGGUUCUUUUCCUAGUAAUAGUGAAUAUCAGCAACAUCAGAAGAUGCUGUUUGGCAUAAAUAAUGGCUUUUCUGGCUGCAGUAAUACAGGCAUGGUAGAUGUAGAUCCUCAUCAUUCUACGUCGUCUGAUCAUCCAGCAUCUUCAGCAGUAACCUGGCAACUAGAUGAUCCUGCUAUUGUAUCCAGUCGGUUGUCGUCAACAUCUUUAUCAAAUUGUAUCGUUAAAAACAAUCAAGUUCCUUCUACAUGGAAAUCUCCAUGUAAUGUAUCUUCACCGCCAAAUCUACUUGAACAAAUCUGGCGAACAACUCCAAAUUUCCAAUCCUUUUUCGAUCCAUCCUUAGCUUCAUCAUAUAUGUCACAAUCGGGGUAUAAGAAUCAAAAUCAAUCACAAUCCAGAGAUACAGUUAUUCAUCAUUCUUCCUCUCAUGCUAAAUUAACAGAAUAA